GGUGUGGUCUGGCGCGCUCGCGUUUACAGAAGCACUGACGUGUUCACAGAGCAGCAGCGCGACGCGCGGAUCGGUAGCCGAAAGUGACACAGCGGCACAACCGGACAGAAUGCCAGAAGGAGACAGUGCCGGUGAAUCCAUCCAUGGGAAACCAUCAGCGAUCGGGAACUUCUUUAAGCGGCUCGGACAGAUUUAUCAGUCAUGGUUGGACAAGUCAACGCCGUUCUCAGCAGUCCGAUGGGCAUCCACGCUUAUUCUAACGGCCAUAUAUAUGAUCAGAGUAUAUAUACUACAGGGGUGGUACAUAGUCACAUAUGCUCUUGGGAUCUACCACCUUAACCUCUUCAUUGCUUUCCUCUCACCAAAAGUGGAUCCCUCAUUGCUCGAUGAUCCAGACGAGGGUCCGGCACUACCCACAAAACAGAACGAAGAGUUCCGGCCGUUCAUCAGGAGGUUGCCAGAGUUCAAGUUCUGGCAUUCAGCAACGAAAGGCAUCGUCAUCGCUAUGAUUUGCACAUUCUUCGACGCCUUUAAUGUGCCAGUGUUUUGGCCCAUCCUCGUAAUGUAUUUCAUCAUGCUGUUCUGCAUCACCAUGAAACGGCAGAUCAAGCACAUGAUCAAGUAUAGAUACCUGCCCUUCACACACGGGAAGAGGACUUACAGAGGCAAGGACGACACAGCGAAAACCUUUGCUAGUUAAAAUUCCCCUUCCUGAAAUUAAAGUUAUUGAUGAAGAAUGAGGAAACAUAAAGUUGAGUGCUUUAACUAUUACAAAUGGAUGGAGAGGGUUGAAGGUUGUUGUUCUUUUUUUGUUUUUGUUUUCCUCCAUUUUGUGCUGGGCCAUAACAACUAUUAGAGUUUUUUUAAGGGCAAAUGCAGAGAACUUCAGUAACUUAAGCAUUCAGGAGGACGUUUUCCUGUUAAAGUGCAGUUUUUUGGGGGAGGGGAUAUAUAAAUAUAUAUAUAAAAUGUAUAAUGUUUAAUUUUUUUUAAUGGUUAGCAUGUUUGAGUUCUUUCUUUUUCUGACAAUGCCAUUUUUACUGUAUUAAAUUCAGUCAUCCAAACAAAAAUAGGUUUGUUAAUUCCUGAUUACAGACAUUGCAUGUUUUAGCUUUUCUUGUGCUGCUGGUUUGAGAAAACGAAAUGAUUUUAAUAACUAAGUGUACAUUUUUUUUCACUACAAAUGCUAUUAAAAAGCUGUGUUCCUUCACUGCU